UUUUUUUUUUAAGAAAGUGAAGGUGGUGAAAGCUCCAAACUGAAAUUAUAUCGAAAUGGCCACAGAAAUCGACUUUCUGAGUCAAAAUCAACAGCUAAAUGAAGAUCUUGGAGAACAUCAAAUGGAAAAAUUUUCCAAAUAUUCAUUGGUACAGAAAGCUGUCUUCAAAGGAGAUGGAGAUGACACGUUAGAAAACAUACUAGUUGAUCAAAGAUUUUUAGCUCCUCUAAUUAUUGAGUAUGAUAAGCAUCUGGAAGAACUUAAUGGUCAGCUGAAAUAUUACCAGAAACAAAUGGGUGAGAUGAAACUACAACUUGAAAAUGUCAUCAAGGAAAAUGAAAGGUUGCACACUGAAUUAAAAGAUGCUAUUGAAAAGCAACUGGAGACCCUUCCCUUUGGCACAGACAUGGGAAACGAUAUAUUUACAGAUGAUGAAACAGUCAAGAAUCUUCAAGAACAAUUACAACUAGCCAAUCAGGAAAAAACUCAGGCUGUGGAACUCUGGCAGACUGUUUCUCAGGAGUUGGACAGAUGUCAGAGGCUUUACCAGGAAUAUAUGACUGAGGCCCAGAUUCAUGUAGUUGAAAGUCAAAAACAAAAGCAUCAACUGACCAAUUAUCAACAACUGACCAAGCAACUUCAUGUUACUAAAGAGAACGUAGAAAUGACUAACCAACACUUUAUGAAAACAGUAACUGAACAAAACGUGGAAAUCGAGCAACUCCGAAAACAACUUAGGCAAGCCAAGUUAGAUCUGAGAGUUGCAGCAGCAAAAGUGGAAGAGUUAACCAAUGUAACUGAAGAUCUUCAUGGACAGAUGCAAAAGAAGGAGGAGGAUAUAUUUUCUGCCCAGGGAAGAGAGGAAGCAUCAGAUAGGCGUUUGCAGGAGUUACAAUGUAGUAUAAAACAAUUAGAAAAAAGACUCUGUGUAGCAAGCCAAGAAGCCACUCUGUUAAGAGCACAAAAUACACAUUUGGAAAACCAGACCAGAGAAUUACAAGCAAAGUGCAAAGAAUUAGAAAAUGAAAAAUACGAAGCUAUUAUAAGAGCCAGAAAUAGCGUGCAGCUCCUAGAAGAGGCUAACCUUCAAAAACAUCAGGCUGUACUUGAGGAGAAGCAAAAAGAAGAAUAUAUAGAGAAAAUGAAAGAAACAAUGUCUCGGAUGUUGCAAGAUGCUGCCAUAAAAAGCAGGAAGGAAAUUGCAAGUACAAAGAAACAGUUCAGUGUACAGAUUUCUCGACUAACAGAAGAAGUUUCAGCUCUUCAAACGGAGUGUGCUGAAAAACAAAGCCAAAUUGAACGAGCCAUUAAGGAGAAAAAAGCAGUGGAAGAAGAACUAGAAAAGAUUUACCAUGAAGGCAGAGUAAAUGACAGUGGUUACAGAAGACUAGAAGAAAUGCACCAAAGAUGCCUGGUUGCAGAGCAUUCAAAAGAUGAUCUUCAGCUAAGACUUAAGACAGCAGAAAAUAAAAUAAAACAACUUGAAUUAAAUUCCUCAGAAGAGAUAUCUCGUUGCCAAGAAAUGAUUCAUAAACUUCAAAACUUAUUGGAGUCUGAGAGAGAAAACUGUGGAUUUGUCAGUGAUCAAAGGCUGAAACUUCAGCAAGAAAAUGAACAGUUACAGAAGGAGAUUGAGGAUAUAAGAAAGAUUGCUCUUGAAGCUCAAAAAGAAGCCAAGUUAAAGAUCAGUACAAUGGAACAUGAAUUUUCAAUAAAGGAACAUGGAUUUGAAGUUCAGUUGAAAGAGAUGGAAGACAGUAAUCGAAAUACCACUGUUGAACUGAGACAUCUCUUAGUAACUCAACAGAAGGCAGCCAAUAGGUGGAAAGAAGAAACAAAGAAACUUACUGAAAGUGCAGAGAUUAGAAUCAGUAAUCUAAAGAGCGAGCUGAGUCGACAGAAACUUCAUACCCAAGAGCUGCUUUCUCAGCUGGAAAUGGCAAAUGAAAAGGUAGCUGAGAAUGAAAAACUAAUUCUAGAGCAUCAGGAGAAAGCCAGCAGGCUCCAGAGGCGUCUGAGUGCGGCGGAGCAGAGGGCGGCUUUGGCCUCCCAGCAGCUCAGUGUGAUUACAGUGCAGAGAAGAAAAGCAGCCUCCAUGAUGAAUCUGGAAAAUAUUUAAAAAUAUUCAUAGUUCACUCACAGAACUUUAGAAUUGGGAAAGCUGUUGGACUAGAAGUGUAUUGAAAUGGUAAAAUCCUGCAGAGAAUGGUUAAGGCUUGUGUUGUUUUGCAUAAGCAUUUUCCAUUCUGUUUCGAGGGUUAUGGAGAACAGAACAGUGACAGCUUCCUGUAAGUAAAGAAAAUAUAACCCUGUAUUGAGCUUCAGUGGAGAAUAAAGCCAGCUGAGAAGAAC